AUGGUGUUGUUUGUCGAGCGCGGUAUACGCGGCGGUCUCAGCCAAUGCUCCAACCGAUACGCCGCCGCCAACAACAAAUACAUGUCAUCGUACGAUCCAUCGAAACCGUCAUCGUACUUAAUGUACUUUGAUGUAAACAACUUGUACGAGUGGGCAAUGUGUCAACCGCUGCCCUACGCCAAAUUUCGGUGGGUCGAAAAUAUCGAAAACUUUGACGUAAUGUCCGUUGCAUCCGAUUCGGCCACCGGUUACGUGCUGGAAGUCGAUCUCGAGUAUCCGGUGAAUCUUCACGAUGCGCACGCCGACCUGCCGUUCUGCCCGACGCGCGAUAAGCCGCCCGGCAAGCGGGAGCUCAAGUUAACACUGUACGAUAAGCAGCGAUACGUCAUCCAUUACCGUAACCUGCAGCAAUGCGUGCUACAUGGUCUGCGAAUUGCAAAGAUUCACCGCUGGGAGGGUCGGUACGGAGCGGAGGCUAUGAUUGCCAGACCAAAUUUCCACAGUCGAAGCGUGUUCUCGGAGAAUCUAGUCGCCGUAGAGUUGCGAAAACUCGAAGUGAAAUUCAACAAGCCGAUCUACGUGGGUAUGUGUAUCCUCGACAUAUCCAAGACCUGCUUGUACGAGUUUCACUACGAGUACAUGGCGCCUCUCUAUGGCAACAAUUGUAAAAUUUUGUACACCGAUACCGACAGUCUGAUAUACUUUCUACAAUGCGAGGACGCGUAUCGGGAUAUGAAACGCGAUAUAUCCAAAUUCGACACGAGCGACUACUCCGAGGACAACGUUUACGAUGAGAAUAACGGCGCGAUCAUGACGGAAUUUGUCGGACUGAGAGCGAAAAUGUACGCGUUGAGAGUCACCGGACAAAAAGAUACAAAAAAGGUGAAAGGCGUAAAGAAAAAUGUAGUCGCUAGAACGAUAACGUUCGACGAUUACACUCGGUGUCUCAACGACGAAAUCGAGCUGACGCGGCGUCAAUUGUGCAUCCGCUCAAAGAUGCACGAGGUGUACACCGUGUCGGAGUCAAAGCUCGCGCUCAGUCCGUACGACGAUAAGCGGCACGUCGUAUCCGGUUCCACCGACACUCUACCAUGGGGUCAUCACAAGAUACAAUUGUAA